GUUUCAUUUUUAUAACAGUCUAACCUCUCCUAAACUUGUGUUUCUGUAACUUUUAAAAUGUAAUAAUAAAACUUGUAAAGUAAAAUCAAAAAUUGUUUAAUUUUCAGUUUCGAUAUGUGCAGUGCUAAUUUAAGAAAAAAAGUUGACAAAUUACAAGAGGAAUUUGAGACAUUUGGCAUAACAAAAUGUAUGAACCAAGAAUUUUCUGAUAAACUGUUAAAUGUGCUAGAUUCUACUAUGAUUUUGGUAAACUUUUAUAGAAAGUCUCUAUCAAAAAUUGCAGAAUUAGAAUUAGAUUACAAUGCUGUUAAAAAAGAAAAAAAUUCCUUUUUGACUAAAAUUGCAUCACUUGAGAAUAAAGUAAAAGAAAAAGAAAACAGUUUGAAAGAUCAUAUGAAAAAGAUCGCGAAAUUUCAGUAUGAAAACGAACAAAAUUUAAAACAAAUUAAACAAUUGGAAGAGCACAACAAUGCUUUACAAAAUAGAAUCAGAACAAACGAAAAUCUUCACGAACAUAAAUUUAAAAAGUUACUAAAUGAAACGCAAAACUUCGUGGAUCAAAAAGAACGAAAUUUUGGGCAUUACGUGUCAAGGGACGAGACUCUUUCAGAAACAAUUUAUAGAUACAAAAAGAAUGAAGAAGUUUAUAAAGAGACUAUACAACAAUUGCAAAACAAUAACAAUAAACUGUUAAGGGAAAUUUUGAUUUUAAAACAAGAUAUUUUAAGACUGUACAAAGACGAAGACGAUAUUCAACAUGUACUUCAAUGAAUUGUAAAUUUAUAAAAUAAUAUAAUGUUAAGUGAAAAAUAAAAUUA